UGAUAACUGUUCCUGUUGUGGCUGAUCUGUUAACAUAAACAGCACAGCCAGGAACGCCGCCACGGUUAGGGACGAGUGGACGCCAUGGAUUCGGGACGAGGUUGCAGGGUCAUCAACGUCAUCAAAUUCGUUGGAGAUGUCGUAAUAACAUUACUCGUGUUACUCUUUCUCGGGAUCCUUGAGAAGUAUGGUGUUCCGUUCCAGCAAGGCUUCUUCUGUGAUGAUGACACUAUCAAGUACCCGUACAAAAAAAGCACGAUAUCGGUGACGCUGUUGAUGAUAGUGUCGCUGGCUAUACCUCUCGUAGUGAUGGUAAUUUGGGACGUACUUUUCAAAGUUUAUAAACUGCGUGGAGCCAUGACCGGCCAAGCGGCGCUGAGAGGCGUCUAUGACGCUGCCCUUGUGUUCCUGUUUGGUUGGGCCCUCACCUUCCUCAUCACCGACAUCGGGAAGUUCAGCAUCGGGCGUCUCAGGCCGCACUUUAUUUCCGUGUGUCAGCCCAACCUGAGCACCGUCUGCGCGGGGGGAUAUACCCAGGACUAUACCUGUCAAGGAUCCGAUACUCAGGCAAUAUCAGAAGCCAGAGUGUCUUUCCCAUCCGGACAUGCAUCGAUUUCCUUCUUCGGGAUGACAUAUUUUGCGGUGUUCCUGUACGCCCGGUUACCAAAAUCAGGCCCAAGUCUCCUAAAACCGUUUGCCAUGGCUCUGGUGCUGAGCGUGGCUUUCUACAUCUCCCUGUCACGUGUCUUCGACUACUGGCACCAUCCUGGUGACGUCAUAUUUGGCGCUUUUCUUGGGGCUUCUGUUGCUGUUACCUUGAGCAUUUUCGUUGCGAAGCUGCGAUCAGCGUCAGACAAGCCGGGAGGUGAUAUACCAGUUGUCGCAAAAUUGUAACCUUGGCACUAAGAACGAAACCAUCUCGACCAUGAAUAUGUCAGAGGCAUGGGCGACGUAUCUACAAGGAAAACUAUAUAUAAGUUCUUGAAUUUGAAUGUAUUUAAAUGUUACGGAUCAGGUAUUACAUAUAUUUCAAAUUAACUAAAGAAUUUCUACAUUUCACAUUUGUCAUAAUAUAUUCAUUUAUAUCUCAACCUCUGAGUAAACCGCAAAUGAAACAUUUUCCCUCCCAUUUCCUUCUUGUGUGUUUAUGAGAUUAAAGUCUGCCGUGAGGUGACGAAUCUUUUCUUUUUCUCCUC